CGCCGAUCUCUAAAUGCAUUAGCGGUUGUUUUGAACAAGGAAAAAAAAGGCGAAGAGAACAUUUUGUGUAUUAGUUGUUGAUGUUCAGAGAGGUCAUAGACAAUCACAAUGCCUGCAUCACUUGAUGACUAUGAUGUGAUAUGCACUAUAGGGUCUGGAUCCUAUGGGACUUGUAAAAAGAUCAGGAGGAGGUCAGAUGGCAAGGUGUUGGUAUGGAAAGAAAUAGAAUAUGGAACAAUGUCAGAAACAGAAAAACAGAUGUUGGUAUCUGAGGUGAAUCUCCUGCGAGAACUGAAACACAAGCAUAUUGUCCGAUACUAUGACAGGAUCAUAGACAGGAUCUCUACCAAGAUUUACAUUGUUAUGGAGUACUGUGAGGGUGGGGACCUGGCCACUUUGAUAUCAAAAUGCAGGCGCGAGAAUCGCUAUUUAGAUGAAUCCAUGAUAUGGAAGAUCUUAGUGCAGGUCUUGCAGGCUUUGAAAGAAUGUCAUCGGAGAAAAGGUGGUCGUGCAGUGCUUCACAGAGAUCUGAAACCAGCUAAUGUAUUUCUUGAUGCCAGCAACAAUGUAAAGCUGGGGGACUUUGGUCUUGCCAGGGUGCUACACCAUGAAACCAGUUUUGCCAAGACAUUUGUAGGGACACCGUACUACAUGUCUCCUGAGCAAAUGAAUUAUAUGUCCUACAAUGAAAAGUCCGACAUCUGGUCUCUUGGCUGCAUGGUGUAUGAAUUGUGCUCCCUCCACCCUCCAUUUACUGCAGCUAAUCAGAAGGAUUUAGCAGUGAGAAUCAAGAUUGGGAGAUUUUCCAGAAUCCCACGACAGUAUUCAGAUGAUCUCAGCAGCAUUGUCGAUUGUAUGCUUAAAGUAGAUGGUGACAGGAGGCCAACUAUUGAUGAGUUGCUGGACAACUCUCUAGUCAUUCCUAAACUCCCAAAUGAUCAAAGAAGGGCUGGCACUGGUGACAAGGAGUCUUCUCUCAGGCGUAGAGAGAAGAUGCUUGACAAAAGAGAGAAGGAGUUGGACAGUAGAGAAAAGAGUAUUGCCUUGAAAGAAAAACUAGCUGAAGAGAAACUGAGCAGAGCUGAGGCUUUAAUGAGAGACUGCAAACUGAAAAACAUUGACAGCAUUGCUUACAGAGACACAGAUAUUGAGUACAAGAUACUGCCGCCAUGUUUGGUUCACAACAGAAAAGAAGACAGCCCUAAAAAGCAGGUCACAUUCAGCUUUAUUGACCAGGAAAAUUCAGAACCAGACUUGGAGAGUGAUACAGAGCUCCUUGCUGUCAAGAAUAAGCCUUCCAUCCCAAAAUACAAUGUCAGACAGGACUCAGAUGUGGGCAAUGGGCAGUUUGAUGCAAGGCGUAAUUAUGCUCACGAUUACUUAAAACGCCUUGAGCUGAGAGACCGCCUCAAAAAAGCCAAAGAAAGAUCGAAGUAUCUGAGAGAUGCAGAAAUAGAAUCUAGAAUUAGAAGUAGACAGCUAUUAGGAAUGCGAUAGAAAUAUAGUGUGUGUGUGUGUAUUUUACCUUGUGAGUCAAAUUGACUGUUUAGGUAGAGAAGUACUGCAGAUGAAUUGAUUUACAUGACAACUCAUAUCAGGAAAAGAUGACAAAUUUUAAAGUUAAGCAAGACUGGAAUUCUGUCUUAAAAACAAGCUAGUGAAAUCUUAAUAUAUGAAGAGCGUGGUCCCACAUCUUGCACAAUCAUGUGUCAUACUUAAAAUAACUUGGAAGUUUUGGUCAGUAUAUAAAUGAUACUAAUGAGACAAAUACUUAUCCUUGUUCAUUGUUUAAAACAAGACUAUGAUACAAGAUUGUGAGAUGUGGGACCACUGUUCACACGUUAAGAAACUUGCAUUUCAGCAAGAAUUAACUGUUUUUGAUUAAUUAAGGAAUUUGGGCUACAUUUUUGUCACACUAAUGGAAUGGCUGGAGCAGCAAUGGAGUUUUUCGCUCAUAAUGACACAGUAUAUUCCAAAAUGAUGACUUAUGAUCAAAACCAGAAGAACAUUUCAGUUUUGAUCUGAAAUGUAAAAUGCACGUGCUUGAAAAUGCCCCACAUUCAUAGUUUUAUUCUAAUUCAGACCUUAAAGACAACAAAGCAACUUCAAUAAAAAUCUAUCUGAAGAGUU